UCGGAAGGGUGUGAGGCGCGGCCCGGGCGAGGCUCUUCUUCCCCUUCAGCGUCCCGUCCCUUUUCGCGCACCGGCGCGGCGCCUUCGCGAUGGCUACGAGGGUGCUGAGCAUGAGCGCUCGCUUAGGGCCCGAGGAGCCCGUCUUCGCGCAGCUGAAGCCCGUGCUGGGCGGAGGUCGGGAAGCCACCCUCUUCGCCGGGCCGGGGCCCGAAGACAUCAAGUCGCCGCCGCCGCCGCCGCCCAGUGGAGGAGCCCGGCGGCCUGGGGAGGAGAUAGUGCAGGCCCGGUGUGAAAUGGAAAAAUACCUGACACCCCAGCUUCCUCCAGUUCCUGAACAGAAAAAGUACCGGCGAGACAGUGCCUCUGUUAUCGACCAGUUCUUCACGAACGGCGAGAGCAUGCCUUAUAGUGUGAAUAUGAACCUGUACCUGCCUGAUGUCACGCAACUCAGAACAGGCCUCUACAAAUCACAGAGGCCCCCACCGGUGACCCAUAUCAAAACUGAGCCUGUCAGUUCCUUCAGCCACCAGAGUGAGACAGCUCCGACAGCCCCCAACCCCACCCAGGCGCUUCCUGAGUUUACAAGCAUCUUCAGCUCCCACCAGGCUCCUGACAUGAACAACCUCUUCAUCAAGCAAGAGCUCCCCAGUCCUGACGUCCACCUCUCCAUCUCUGCUCCCCAGCAGGGCCAGCUUUAUCAGUUGCUCAGCUCUCCAGAUCUGGACAUGCCAAACCAAACCACGCAAGCCACUGCAGUGAUGGACUCCCUUAACAAUGUCUCUAUGUCGUCUGCCAUGACAGGCCUGAAUACACUGUCUUCAGCUAUGUCACAGACCACCAUGAAGCCCUUCCAUGGGAUCCCACAGUGCACGUACCCCAUGCCAAACCAGUUUCUUCAACAGCAAGCCACUUACUUUCCUCCAUCUCCCCCAAGCUCAGAGCCGGGCAGCCCAGAUAGGCAGGCAGAGAUGUUACACAAUUUGAACCCUCCUCCAUCAUAUGCAGCUACAAUUGCUUCUAAGUUGGCCAUUCAUAACUCCAGUUUGUCAGGAAAUAUCCCCAUGAAUUCGCCAGCUAUCCCAACAGUACGAUACAACCGGAAGAGUAAUCCGGAUCUGGAGAAGAGACGUAUUCACUUCUGUGACUAUCCUGGUUGUGAGAAGGUCUACACAAAAUCUUCCCAUUUAAAAGCGCACCUGAGAACUCAUACUGGAGAGAAGCCAUACAAAUGCACAUGGGAAGGAUGCGACUGGAGAUUUGCUCGCUCGGAUGAAUUGACCCGCCACUACAGGAAGCACACUGGGGCCAAACCGUUCCAGUGCGCGGUGUGCAGUCGCAGCUUCUCACGGUCUGACCACUUGGCUCUGCACAUGAAGAGACAUCAGAACUGAGCUGGACAUGUCCAUUGAAGCUCUUGGUAUCUAUGCAAUGUCCCAGUCACUCGAAUAUAUACAUUCAGUUAGAGUUAGCGAAGUGUUUAUAUGCGUAUGAACUUUUCUUCCAUUUUAAAACAGGAAAAAAUUAAUAAUGAAAGAAACUGGAAAUGUAUAUUUUGUAUAUUUAUGAGGAAACAGGGAUGACACUGUGUGGCAAUACUUGGAUUGUUUCACCCUUUUGUGGCCAUGUGACUUACUGUUUAUGUAUUUGAUUUUAUUCCCCUUCACAGGUAUCAUCUCAGGGCUGCCUCUCUUGUUACGUAUUUUGCAGAUAUGAAUUGGUCAGGUCACCCAACCCUCAGUUACAUUUUUCUUUUCGUGUGUGUGU